AUGGACAGCAGUACUUGGGGUACCUGCGCUCUCUGCCUGCUGAGCUCCUUCCAAUUGGCACAGAGCCUGGUGCAUCCAGAAUGUGACUUUAUGGUCCAGCUGAGAGAGGACGAAAGAGCAUGUGUUGGGGCUACGUCGGAGCUGUCUAACACCUCUCUGGGUUGCCCCCGAGCCUGGGAUGGGCUGCUAUGUUGGCCCCCAGCCACUUUGGGGAAGUGUGUGACUCUCUCCUGCCCGGAUUUUAUCUCUCACUUCAGCUCCAAGCCAGGGCAGGUGAAGAGGGACUGCACCAACUCAGGCUGGUCCCUGCCCUUCCCACCGUACCUGGAGGCCUGCCCUGUGCCCCUGGACAAGCUGGCUGAAGAGAAAUACUACUUCUCUACGGUGAAGAUCAUCUACACUCUGGGCUAUAGCGUCUCCACUGUGACCCUCUGCAUAGCCAUUGCCAUCCUGGUGGCUUUCAGGAGGCUGCACUGCCCCAGGAACUACAUCCACACCCAGCUGUUCGCCUCCUUUAUCCUCAAGGCAGUCGCUGCGUUCCUGAAGGAUGCGACCCUUUAUGCAGAUGGAGCUGACCCCUGCAGUCUGUCCACGGUCCUCUGCAAAGUGUCUGUGGCCACCUCACACUUUGCCACCAUGACCAACUUCAGCUGGCUGUGGGCAGAAGCCGUGUACCUCACCUGUCUGCUGGCCUCACCAUCACUCCAGGCCUGGAGAACCUUCUGGGCGCUGGUUCUUGCAGGCUGGGGCCUUCCUCUGCUCUUCACUGGCGUGUGGGUCAUAUGCAAAGUGGCCUUUGAGGACAUUGCGUGCUGGGACCUAGAUGACAGCUCCCUCUACUGGUGGAUCAUCAAAGGGCCCAUAGUGCUUUCCGUUGGGGUGAACUUUGGGCUUUUUCUGAACAUUAUUCGCAUCCUGCUGAGAAAACUGGAGCCAGCCCAGGGCAGCCUGAACACCCGGUCUCAGUACUGGCGACUCUCCAGGUCGACACUUCUACUCAUCCCACUGUUCGGGACGCAUCACAUCAUCUUUAAUUUUCUGCCUGAUGACAUUGGCCUGAACAUCCGCCUCCCAUUGGAGCUGGGAUUGGGUUCAUUCCAGGGAUUCAUCGUUGCCAUCCUAUACUGCUUCCUCAACCAAGAGGUGAGGACCGAGAUCUUGCGGAGGUGGCACUGCCAGGAGCCUGAGCUCCUGCCCAGAAGUCCCUACACGUGCCUUGAGCAUGCGCUCCUACUUGCCCUGACAGGGCCUCGCUUCCUGGCAGCUGUGGUCUCGCUGCGCUGCCGGGCCUGUAAUCAUGGGAAAUUACCCGCCAAGAGCUGA